GUUUCUCCAGGUGCUGUACACGGAGCUGGCUUGGAGCCUCAGCCCUCUGCCUUCCUCUUCUCUUCAGUUUUUUGUUAGGGAUCCUGGGUUCUCCUCUUCUCUCUGAGAAGCCAGAGUCCAAGUGUUCCAUUCCCAGGGAGGGACUGCCCUUAGGGCCAGGGAGAGUGAAGGCCGGAGGAGGCACCAGCUGGAGAAGAAGGGCAGGGCCUGGAGGUCAAGUCUGGAAGGGAAGGAGCUGCUGGCCAAUCAGGGGUGAGCCGACUGCACCCUGACCUGCUGGGCUGGGACAGCACAGGACCCACCGUAUCUGUGAGUUUGAGUGGCCACCGUCCAUACUCUUGCGGUCACAGUCCUGGGACCACGUGGGGAUGCUGCUGUGGCUCCCUGCCUUCUCCAUUCUGGGUCUCCAGGCCCGGGGGGAUUUUCCACAGUUCUCCUGGAAUGAGACCGAAGCCAGAGGCUUAUCGCAGGGGUUUAUGAACCUGUUUGUCAGCAUCUCACAGCUCAUUCACAACAGUCGCAAGGAUACUCCCACCAUUAUCCCCCGCAAGGAAUGGGGGGCAAGACCGCUUGGCUGCAGUGCCCGGCUGACCCUGCCUGUGGCUUAUGUCAUCACGGAGCAGCUCCCCGGGAUGGAGUGCCAGGAGCAGACGGUUUGCAGCCAGAUGCUGCGGGGGCUGCAGUCCCAUUCUGUCUACACCACAGGCUGGUGCGACGUGGCAUACAACUUCCUGGUUGGGGACGACGGCAGGGUGUACGAAGGUGUUGGCUGGAGCACCCAAGGCGUGCACACCCAGGGCUACAACAACGUCUCCCUGGGCAUUGCCUUCUUUGGCAGUAAGAGAGGCAGCAGUCCCAGCCCUGCUGCCUUCUCAGCUGCAGAGGGUCUGGUCUCCUAUGCCAUCCAGAAGGGUCACCUGUCACCCAUGUAUAUUCAGCCACUUCUUCUGAAAGAAGAGAUCUGCCUGGACCCUCAACAACCAGUGAUGCCCAGGAAAGUUUGUCCCAACAUCAUCAAACGAUCUGCUUGGGAAGCCAGAGAGACACACUGCCCUAAAAUGAACCUCCCGGCCAAAUACGUUAUCAUCAUCCACACCGCUGGCACAAGCUGCACUGUACCCACAGACUGCCAGACUGUCGUCCGAAAUACACAGUCCUUUCACAUGGACACACGGAACUUUUGUGACAUCGGCUACCACUUCCUGGUGGGCCAGGAUGGCGGUGUGUAUGAAGGGGUUGGAUGGCACAUCCAAGGCUCCCACACUUAUGGAUUCAACGAUAUUGCCCUAGGAAUUGCCUUCAUUGGCUACUUUGUAGAAAAGCCUCCAAAUGCUGCAGCGCUGGAGGCGGCCCAGGACCUGAUCCAGUGUGCUGUGGUCGAGGGGUACCUGACUCCCAACUACCUGCUCAUGGGCCACAGUGACGUGGUCAACAUCCUGUCCCCUGGGCAGGCUUUGUACAACAUCAUCAGCACCUGGCCUCAUUUCAAGCACUGAAGGAGGCCCUGCUCCCUCCGAGACUGCCCUCACCAGCCACCUGGCUCAGCACCGUGUGUUCCCCUCCCCUGCUGGGCCUCUCCCGCCCUCACCAGCCACCUGGCUCAGCACCGUGUGUUCCCCUCCCCUGCUGGGCCUCUCCCGCCCUCACCAGCCACCUGGCACAGCACCGUGUGUUCCCCUCCCCUGCCAGCCCAUCCUGUCCCUCCUUCCUCUGGUCAGCGUCCUCACAUCCUCUCCUGCCAGCAUCCUGCAGGAGCCCCCAGGCCUAUGCGGCUGCGCAUUCACAGCCCUCCUGUCUCCUUACCUUCGUCUCCCCCAGGGCACCUACGUCCUCAGCCAGGCAAGACAAUGAGCUGGUCCUUGUGGCAUUUCUCUCUCUCUCUCCCUGUGUCCCUCUGCCUGGUGAGUCUUCCCUGUUGUCUGCAUGGAAGCCCCCACCUUUUACCCCUUGCUCGUGACCAGGUCAGCAUGCGCAUACCUCCUGUCUGCUCACACAUGGACUGGUACAUAUUUGGAUGCAGCCCUUUCUUAAGUGCUGUAAUUGUUUAUAGAUGUGUCUGUCUUCUCCUCUGGGUUGUAAGUUCCUCCAAGGGAGGAACUGUAUUUUGUUCACAUCUGUCCUCAGUACCUCAGCAGUGCUUGGAGUUUAAUAGGUUCUACAAAUGUUGGUUAAAGAAAGAAUGAAUAAGGCCGGGCGCAGUGGCUCACGCCUGUAAUCCCAGCACUUUGGGAGGCUGAGGCGGGUGGAUCACGAGGUCAACAGAUUGAGACCAUCCUGGUCAACAUGGUGAAACCCCGUCUCUACUAAAAAGACAAAAAAUUAGCUGGGUGUGGUGGCGGGUGCCUGUAGUCCCAGCUACUCGGGAGGCUGAGGCAAGAGAAUUGCCUGAACCCAGGUGGCAGAGGUUGCGGAGAGCCAAGAUCGCGCCAUUGCACUCCAGCCUGGGUAACAGGAGCGAAAUUCCGUCUCAAAAAAAAAAAAAAAGAAAGAAUGAAUAAAUGAAUGAGUGGACCCAGGUCCCUGUUCACCUUGCCAAUUUUCUUUGGCACUUCCUCCCUGGGGCAGCCUUCCUGGAUGGUGUCCCCAUCCCACCAGCGUUCUCUUCAUUCCUGUUCCCUCCCAGUCCAAGGCUCAGAGCUGACUCUGGUCACCUGUUUGUAAUGGUGACUGUAUCGCUAAAGUCCCGAGUCCAGGUUCCCCAAGAGAACCCUGAAGGGAGCAUGCGCCUUUUUAGGGUCGGGCCAGGGCUGUGUCCACACAAGCUGCCCAGGGCCUGCCACUUGUCAUUGCCUGGCCAGGCCCCACUGGGUGCUGCACUGAGAGAGAGCCCAGAGCCCUGGUGCUCUGUAUCCCUUCCUGCUUGAGUUCCUCUUGCCCAGAAGGAAGCUCCUUCUUUCAGACAGGGGCUUGAGGACUGUACGGCUGUUUACUGGAAGCACGUGAGCUGGCUCUUGUUUUCACAGGUUUUAAUCUGGAAACAAGGGAAGGUGUUGACAAAAAGAGUCAAAAUAAAAUAUUUGAAGAGAUUUAUUCUAAGCCAAAUAUGAGUGAACAUGGCCUGUGACACAGCCCCAGUAGAUCCUGAGAACAUGAGCCCAAGGUGGUCAGGCUACAGUUUGGUUUUAUAUCUUUUAGGGAGACAUGAGACAUCAAUUGAUACAUGUAAGAUGUGUAUUGGUUUGGCUGGAAACCAAGCAGGUGGGCAGGUGGUAGGGAGGGAUUCCAAGUCAUAGGUGGAUUCAAAGAUUUUCUGUUUAGCAGCCUCAUCUGUAUACAGCUCUGUGCUUUCAAAACUGUCCCUUUGAGCUCAUUAGAUUGAUUCCGUCCUUUUGUUAUUUGCUCUAUGGCAUCCUGGGUGUGUAAGCAGGGGAAGAAUGGUUUGUCUAGAGGUCACAUAAGCCCAGGGAGACUCCUAACCCUUGCCCCGUUUAUACAACCAGAGGAAGGUGGCUCCAGGAGAGCUCCUGUAGUGAGUGGCCUUCCUCCUGCAGUAAAAAGUGACACUCCUGCCAGCCCCCUUCUUCUUGUGGAGGGGUGGGAGGCAGGCACAGGCUUCCUGGAGGAACCGUCCCCAGUCGGGGUGAGUUUAACAGCCCUGUGUGAGGGAAGCAGCCAAAGGGGUAGACUGAGAUGCUGAGAAAUAACUUCAUGAAAAAGGUGUCCUUACAAUUUCUUGGCCUUCCUUAUGAUCCUCCAAAACAGAGGGUCUCCUCCCUUUGAUUUCAACACCAUUCCCAGGCCUCAGGGACUCAUUGGUCUCCCUCCCCAACUCCCAUCCCUUAUGGACUUUGGAAGGGACUGUAGACUCCCCAUCUCUAUCAGCACUCCUGAAGGCCUCAAAACAACAAUAUUGGCCGGGCGCAGUGGCUCACGCCUGUAGUCCCAGCACUUUGAAGGCCAAGGUGGGUGAAUCACCUGAAGUCAGGAGUUUGAAUCCAGCCUGACCAACGAGGGGAAACCUCAUCUCUUGUAAAAAUACAAAUAUUAGCCAGGUGUGGUGACGGGAGCCUGUAGUCCCAGCUACUCAGGAGGCUGAGGCAGAAUUGCUUGGACCCAGGAGGCAGGUUGCAGUGAGCUGAGAUUGUGCCACUGUACUCCAGCCUGGACAAUGGAGUGAAACUCCAUCUCAAAAACAAACAAACAAUUUGUCUAAAAAACAAGCAAAUAAAAACAAACAAACAAAUAUUGCAUGGUCUGGAUUAUUGUUUUUCCCAAA